AUAAAAAAAAAAUAAAGCACAGCAAAAAACAGAUCACAACAACCGUCGUCAGUCCCAUGGCUUCUCCGGCCAACGCCAGAUCCCCACUCCAACGCCUCUCCACCUUCAAGAACACCCCAACCGCCGCCGCCACACCCACCCCCUCCGCCGCCGCCACCCCAUUCCCUCGCUCCCCUUCCCCCUCCCACUUAGACACCUUCUCCUCCGACUCCAUCUUCUCCGCCUUCCUCUCCCCCGACUUCAACCCCACCCAAUUCUCCUCCGCCGCCCUCUCCUCCGGCUCCGCCGCCUCCCGGAUCGAGAAGCUCCAGGAGGGCCUCCGCCUCCUCGACACCCAGCUCCGCCACGAGGUCCUCUCCCGCCACCACGAGCUCCUGAACCAGCUCUCCUCCGUCAAGGCAGCCGAAUCUUCUCUCUCCUCCCUCCGCUCCUCUCUCUCCUCCCUCCAAUCCUCCGUCCGCCGCGCGCGGGCGGAGCUCUCCGAUCCCCACCGCCUCAUCGCCGUCCAGACCCGCCAGCUCAGCAACCUCCACUCCACCUCCCUCCUCCUCCAGCACGCAAUCCGCGCCCUCCGCCUCAUCCAAAAGCUCAAAAACCUCGUCGAAACCCAGCCCGAUUCGUCAAAAUGGGAUCUUUCGAAAGCCGCACAGCUCCAUUUCGAGAUCCUAACUCUCUACAAUGAGCACCAUUUAUCCGGAAUCGACGCCGUCGACACCGAAUUGAAAUGGGUCACCGAAAUCGGAUCGAAAAUCCGAGACGAGGGCAUGAAAGUACUCGAAAAGGGGCUCGAGAGUUUGAAUCAACCCGAAGUAGGGUUAGGGUUACAAGUGUUCUACAACAUGGGAGAAUUGAGGGGUACGGUGGAUGGAUUAGUGAGUAAGUAUAAGCAAAUUGGAGUGAAGAGCGUGAGUAAUGCGCUCGAUAUGAAGGCGAUUUCGGGUGGGGGGUACGGUAGCGGUGGGCCCGGUGGGGUGCAGAGACACGGGACCCCGCAAAUUGGGGGCGGGGCGAAAGCGAGGGAGGCUCUUUGGCAGAGGGUUAGUGGCUGUAUGGAUCAAUUGCAUUCGAUUUUGUUGGCGGUUUGGCAUUUGCAGAGGGUUUUGUCCAAGAAACGUGAUCCGUUCACGCAUGUUCUAUUGCUCGACGAGGUUAUGGAGGAAGGUGAUCCAACACUAACCGAUCGAGUGUGGGAUGCUCUAAUGAAAUCAUUUGCAAGCCAAAUGAAGUCCGUUUUCACCGCAUCCAGUUUUGUGAAGGAGAUAUUCACCGUCGGUUAUCCAAAGCUCGUCACAACAGUCGAGAAUCUUCUAGAAAGAAUCUCACGCGAUACUGAUGUCAAAGGGGUUCCGCCAGCUGUCACUUUGGAGGGAAAGGAACAAAUGGUGGCAGCUAUCGAGAUUUUCCAGACGGCGUUUUUAGCGCUUUGCUUGGGCAGGCUUUCGGAUCUUGUGAACUCCGUAUUUCCGAUGUCGAGCAGAGGGAAUAUUCCCUCGAAAGAGCAUAUUUCGAGGAUUACGUCUCGGAUUCAGGAGGAGGUCGAAGCCGUGCAGCAGGACGCACGAUUGACUCUUCUCUUAUUGCGUGAGAUCAACAAAGUUCUUAUGCUGCUUUCAGAAAGAGUUGAAUACCAGAUAUCAACGGGCCCCGAAGCACGGCAGAUAACGGGCCCCGCAACUCAAGCACAGAUGAAGAAUUUCACCCUAUGCACUCACCUCCAAGAAAUCCACGCCCGCCUCACCUCCAUGCUCUCCGGCAUGCCACCUGUCGCCGCCGACCUUCUCUCCCCCGCCCUCGGCACCAUCUACGGCGUCGCCGUCGAUUCCGUCACUUCCCUCUUCCAAUCCAUGCUCGAUCGCCUCGAAUCCUCCAUCCUCCAAAUUCACCAACAAAAUUUCGUCACUGAUUCCUCCACCACCACCAACGGAUCCCCUUACAUGGAGGACCUCCAAAAGAACAUCACUCACUUCCGAACCGAAUUCCUAUCCAGGCUCCUCGGUCAAGCGGGCCCGGCCCGAAGCGAGACCAUAUGUACCAGACUCGUUAAAAGCAUGGCUGCUCGUGUACUUACAUUUUUCAUCCGGCACGCCUCCCUAGUGAGGCCUUUGUCCGAGUCGGGGAAGCUGAGAAUGGCUCGGGACAUGGCGGAGCUGGAGCUGGUGGUGGCGCAGAAUCUUUUUCCGGUUGAGCAGCUGGGCCCGCCCUACCGAGCCCUACGGGCUUUCAGGCCCGUUUUGUUUCUCGAGACUUCACAGCUGGCGGCUUCGCCGCUGCUGCACGACCUUCCGGCGAGCGUGGUGCUGCACCACCUGUACUCGCGUGGGCCCGACGAUUUGAGGUCCCCGAUGCAGAGGAACGGGCUGACCCCGCUGCAGUACUCGCUAUGGAUGGAUUCUCAGGGGGAGGAUCAGAUUUGGAGGGGUGUGAAAGCGACGCUUGAUGAUUAUGCCGCUAAGGUGAGGGCGAGAGGAGACAAGGAGUUCAGCCCCGUUUAUCCUUUGAUGAUGAAAAUCGGGUCGGGUUUAGAGAUAAACGGGUCGUAAUUUUUUUGAUCGAGGAAACUUACCCUCUGACUGGCUCCAAAUAUAGAGAUAUAUAUAUAUAUAUAUAUAUAUAUAUAUAUAUAUAUAUAUAUAUAUAUAUAUAUAUAUAUAUAUACACGCAUGUUCUUGAUUAAGGUCUCUUUUGUUAUACAUCAUCGGUCUAAUUCUUUCAUUUGUAACAUCCGUGUGUUUUGUGAUCGACAGAAACGAACUAUAUGUUAAAAGGGUUACGUUCAUCUUUAUUAUUAUUAUUAUCAUUACGAGA